AUGGCUACAUCAGGAAGCGGUGCAGGAUUAGCCGCAAACAAUUCAGCGACCGUUGCAGGUGGAGGUGGGGAUUCGAUGGAAAUCGAGACAGAAAACAUACAUUCUGCAUCCCAGACAAAAGUCGGACUAUUGUCGCAUACUCUAGUAUCAAGUCCUAUCAUUCAAUGGAUUCUCCCUGCGCAUCUCAGAAGCAAAGACCAAAACGAUGUCGUCUUCGUGGGUGAGCGACAUUUGCAAAUCAAAGAAGCAGUAUCUGGGGUUCAUCUGGAGGAGGUCACUACCAAAAAUGACUUUGACUCGUGUAUCAUGGCAGCAAAAGUCAUUAAUGUCAGCACCGAAUUGCCUUGGGAAGAGGAGAUGAAGCUCGCAGCGAGUAAUUCGACACUGCGCGCGAGCUCGGACUUGCGCCAGGAUCUUCCUCCACAAAUAUUGGUUCUUAGCCUUGCUUCGAAAGAGCUAGUAUUCUUGUACUUUUCGAACGCGAGUGGCCAAUUUGUCUACCAUCGUCGGCCGCUGCCGAACGAUGUCAGUGCUUUUGAACGAUUCGGCCGGAAUAUUGCCGUGGAACCAAGGUCUCGUGCGGUAGCAGUUAGUGCUUCAAGUGACUAUUUUGGGAUCUUCGUCUUGAAGCGGCCGCCGGUAAUUCAAGCACAGAUGACCCAAAACAGACUUGACCCUAUAGCAGAGGAGCGCUUCUUCCGCGUUGACGGCGAUAUAAUUGCCAUGGAAUUUCUGUAUCCCAAAUCUGAAGACGGGGACAAGAUCACUUUACUACUAUUGAUUGCUCAAGAUCAGUUGACACAAGCUGUUUGUUACGAAUGGGACGCGAACGAGUCUUUACGCCAGGCUACCCCACGGGUGACCAAAAAAGUAUUACCGCUGGAGGAUAGGCUUCCUACUAUGUUGAUUCCCUUGACUAAGACUUCUUCAUUCAUGCUCGUCACGACGACAUCGAUAACGGUAUACCAAAAUAAGCUUGAUCCUCAGAGACUCCCCAGCAGAUACCCGCUCCCUGUCUAUGAGAAAGAAUCUCAAAAGUCCCCUCUCUGGACCAGAUGGGCGAGGCCGUUGCGCAAUUGGCUAUACAAUCAGAAACAUGAUGACAUUUACCUCUGUCGCGAAGACGGUGAAAUAACGUACUUGGGAAUUGGCACUGACGGCGAGCUCGAGAAUCAGGCACAUUUAGGCCAGCUGUGCUGUGACGUUGAUGCAGCAUUUGAUAUUCUGGAUAUUGGCUACGAAGGUGGUGACCUACUCCUUGCAGCGGGCACCACAGGUGAUGGCGGGCUUUUUGUCCAGAAAGCUCGUGACCAUCCGCGGUGUGUCCAGAAGUUUAUGAACUGGACCCCUGUCACCGACUCCGUUGUUGUGAAAAGUGAGGACACGGUGCCCUCGGAUAUUGCAACCGAUCGCCUUUUUGUCUGCUCUGCUUCUUCGUUCUCACGAGGUGCAGUAGUUGAGCUGCGGCACGGAGUUGAAGCACAAAUCGGGCUCAUUGUUGCGCUGGAGGAGUUGUCUGGAACCAGAGAUAUAUGGACCAUGCCAGACGGCACGACCGGAGGUGUUUUUGUUCUAACAUCUGACCCUAUGUCCUCACUUUUAUUGUACUUGCCUGCUGAUUUCGGGGAAGAACUUUGUGCUAUCGAUGAGGCAGAGUCCGGGCUUGACUCUAGCACACAGACCUUGGCAGCAGGAUGCACUGUAUUGGGAGCUAUCUUACAAGUGACAGAUAAGACAAUUUGCGUUGGCACAACCCCAGAGAUGUCGGGCUAUCGCUUUGAGGGCGAUCCUGACCAGACUAUUGCGGUGGCUGCGGUUGAUGGACCGGCCUCACUCAUCGCUGCUGUUGUUAGGACACAAGAUGAAGUACACCUUCACGUGAAGAAACUCACAUCAGAUGGCCAGCAUCAGUUGCUUGAUCUAGCUCCACCCUCGUUAAUUCAACAUGAGCCGGUUUGUAUGACCAUGGAGAAUCUUGACUCGUCCCUAUUUCUGUUUCUAGGCACGAGCAACGGAAGGGUCUUGGUGUAUCGCAUCUCCGAAAGCAUCUCUUUCUUACUGGAAGCCACUGUCAACGUCGGGAGUGAGAACGACAUAUCGAGAGCAAUUGAUAGUAUUGCUAUCAUUAGAAAGGCCGAUAAAGUUUCACCGAGAAUGUGCACUAUUCUAUGCGGUUUGCGAAGCGGUAUCCUGGUUCCAUUCCGGCUGUUGCUUGACAGGGAGAACCCUGACGCCCCCAUUGCAUUAACCCAGGUAACGCCGCAACAGCUCGGCCAUACAUCGGUGAAAGUGCAGGGAAAGGGGGAGUUUGCAUUAUUGACCUGUGGACAAGGGUUCUGGCAAGCAUCUUGCAACAGCGGACAAGCCGAUUACUCUCUUCAGAGAAUAUGGGUCACCGACCAGAAUAAUCCUGCAUACCACCCAAAAAGCAUACAUAGCUUUUCUAUCUCGAGUUCUGGUAGUCAAGAAAUGGAUGGACUUUCCAACACGCUUUUCUGCGUCGCCGACGGACAGCUCAUGAUAUGUACCUUGGAGCAAGGGACGAAGACUGUUCCAAGGAGGAUCGACUUGCCCGGUAGCGCUAGCAGACUAGCUUAUUCACAAUAUCUCAAAAGCUUGAUAGUGGUUUAUUCCCAGACAGAAUACGACACUGAUGCAGACCCCAUCAAGCGCUACACGCGGCCCUUCAUCGAGUUUGUCGACCCUGACAUGCAACACUCGCUUAUCGAUUCCCUCGAAAAACCUUUGGAUGACGAUCCCCACCCGUGGCGACCUCAAGGUGCAGCAGGAGAAAAGAUCAGCUGCAUACUCGAGUGGACGCCCAGGAAAGGUGACGAGGAAUAUCAUUUCAUUGUCAUCGGGACUUCUCGCAAAAAUCAGCAAGAGCGUGGCCGAGUCAUAUUUCUACAAGCAUACCGCGAUCCAUCGAAACCGUCUCGGAUUGAAUGCUCUGUCAAAUAUAUCCACAAGUUUGAGGGUCCGGUUUUCGCAAUUGCACCAUACGGUGCGUUCACCUUGAUGGUAUCGACGGGUCAUGAAAUCGUGCCACUGGAGCCAAAAUUCUCGCAGACUCGAUGGAUCCGAGCGGCUAGAUACUCCGUCCUGUCUCCGGCGGUCCUCAUAACCGCCAGGGAGCCGUACCUCUACAUGACCACGUCGAGGGAGUCACUUAUGGUGCUCAAGGCCACAGAAGACAAACUAACGCUUCAUGCUUAUGAUCGUCAAAAGCAUGAUGGUCUCACUCAUGUUUAUAUUGGAGGAAAGCUGAACCUUAUUCUAUGCUCCAGCAGAGGUGGGCGGGUGAGCCUUUUGACGGAGAAUGGUGUGACAGAGACCAACAAGAUGCUACCCACAGCUCUGUGUGAAGCACACCUCCCCUCGUCGGUGAUGAGGCUCAGUUCUGGCUCUGAUAAGUCACCUCUUUCCACUAGCUCUCAGGUAUUCUAUGGUACUGCGAUGAAUGGCACAAUUUAUCGUUUCUUGACUAUUGGUGAGAAGGAGUGGCGCCUUCUACGCUUGCUGCAGGACCUAUGCAUCCGUGAUCCUAUUAUUUGCCCAUUCUUUCCCAAGAGGAGAAGACAGCGCAACCCAGUCGGGCUGAUGGACCCUCAGCCAUCUCAAAUGCAUAUUGACGGUGACAUUCUCAGCCGCUUGCUCAUACGUGGGUCUGGCUAUCUAAUGCAGAUGCUAAGUAAGGAGACGUUCGGUGGUCCGGCAGCUGCAGGAAUCCGCUCAGAGCAGGGAGUCCCCGAGCAAUUUGCGGAAUUGACAAGACACGUACUGGGAGAAACAAGCGAUGCUGUUGCGAGCGUUAUGAGAUGGCUGCAGCGGAUUCUCCCGGUGGAUGUCUAG